GUGAAUUGCUUCAUAUUUCGGAUAAUAUGCCUACCUUCAUAUCGAUUUCUCAUAACAAAGGAAACGAACUCCAAUUGUUGCGUAGGUAAUCAUUCGCCAUGGGUCCACAAUGAUGGAAGCAAUGAUAUGGCAGGAUUAGAUGCGGAGUAGGUAGCAUAAUCCAUCGGCAGUAUGUUCCUCUCGGUCCGUGAGUUCCUAGUUAUGGCGAUGGGAGGGGUGUUUCGAAGGAUCAUCGAAAGUUUCAGCAUCAAAACAUAAGGCAACUCUGGAAAACACGAUUUAACGAGAUCGAAAAUGGCGCCCCCUUUCAGAGCUGAUCAUAUUGGAUCGUUGCUAAGGCCCCAGUCACUUCUCGAGGCUCGAAAAUGUCUUUCAUCUCCUUCUCAGAUGUAUUCACUGGAGAUCCCACAAUCAGUCAAGGAUGCGGAGUUGCAAGCAAUUAGAGACGUAGUUCAGGUACAGCUGGUGAAAGGCAUCCGACCCAUCACAGACGGUGAAUAUGCUCGCCAUAUCUACUACGGCGGAUUCUUUGAAAAACUCUCUGGCUUCGAAGCCAGACCGGAUCUCCCGAUUCCGGAUGCAUUCCGGACUGACUUUCCAACAACCACGGGCCUUGCAAGGAUGGGAGCAAAGACCCGGGCCGCAGUUAUGUGCACCGGCAAAAUUGAGUAUAAGGAGUCUCCUUACCUUUCGGAAUGGCUCGAACUCCGCGACAACCUAGCUAAAGAGCUAUGGUCCCAGGCCAAAUUCACCAUUCCGGCACCAAAUUAUCAGCAUAUCCAACUCAAACCCGGGACUGCGUGGACGAAAGAUUCGGGCUAUACUUCAGACCAAGAGUACUUUGAUGACCUCGCCAAAUGCUAUGCUGCUGAACUUCGAACGCUUUACGAUGCUGGUCUCCGCAAUAUCCAAGUUGACGAUCCACAUCUCACAUACUUCUGUUCUUCUCAAUUCCUCGAAGGGUGCAAAAAGGACGGUACAGACACAGAUGAACUCUUGGACCUCUAUACGCGAACCCACAACCAACUUCUGGCAAACAAGCCGGCAGAUUUACAUGCUGGAAUGCACCUUUGCCGAGGUAAUAUGUCUGGGUCUACGCAUUGGGUGUCCGGCUCUUACGAGAAGAUCGCCUACAAACUCUUCAACGAAACCGACUAUCAGACCUACUAUCUCGAGUUUGAUGACCUGGAGCGGGCUGGUGGGUUUGAACCUCUGAGGUUCCUUCCUAAAGGCAAGAAUGUGGUGCUAGGUCUUGUCUCUACUAAGACUCCAGAGCUAGAGGACCCGAGCACAAUGAAAGAAAGGAUCUACGCAGCAGCAUCAGUGAUUGCUAAUGCUCAGGGGGUAAGUAAGGAGGAAGCGAUGGAAUAUCUUGCAAUCAGCCCUCAAUGUGGAUUUAGUAGCAGCAGCUUGGCUGGAGGCGUAGGAAUGACCAUAGAGACGAUGUGGGCAAAACUACAACUGGUUCGAGAUGUAGCACGGGAUAUCUGGGGUUGAUUAUGUCUCUAUCCACAUAGUUACGUGGCGAUUACUUUGAAUUUAUUCAUGGUACAUUAAUACCCGAUGUCAAGAAAAGGAGUGCUCCGUGAUGGAUAUCA